CCUGAGCCACAGCCUGACAUUCAGCAUGGCUAAAGCAGAAGGCAGGCCUGCAGAUGAGGCUGGGGAGGUCCUCAGGUCAGAGAGUGGAGGCCACUGGAAGCCAUCCCGCAGGCCUGGGACUGCUCAUCUCCCAGGGUGUCUUCAGCCAGCCCGAGGGCCUCCAAAGACAGUAGCCGGCCUUCUUUGCACCUGGAGCGUUUCCUCUUGCAGGUCUGGCAGAAAUGCUGAGGCAGCUCUAUGCCUACCCUAUCGACAUCCUUCCUGCUCCUUCCCAAGUCAGGUGGCUCUUGAGGAGGGUAUCUCAACCUUAGCACUGUUGACACUGGUGGGACACAGGCCUUGAUUUACAGAAAUGCUAUGUGCACCGUUUUUUUUUUUUUGUUGUUGUUGUUGUUUUUCCCAGGAUUCUCGCUCACUGCACGCCCCUUGCAGCACCACCUGCCAAGAGCAAUGCCACUGAGUGGCCAGCAGAGGGCGAGAUGAUGGUCACUUUGACUUUGUCCUUAGCUGGGCCUGCGGGGUGGGGCUGUGGCCUGCAGACUCUUUUUCCACAGACCUGCCCACCCUCCCACACAUCUUCAGUGCCCAGGACCUGCAGGGAUCGUGGGCUGGUCAAGACUGCUGAGCUGGACCCCUCUCGGAACUACAUUGCGGGCCUCCACCCCCAUGGAGUCCUGGCAGCCGGAGCCUUUGUCAACCUGUGCACUGAGAGCACUGGCUUCUCUUCCAUCUUCCCCGGGAUCCACCCCCAUCUGAUGAUGCUGACCUUGUGGUUCCGGGCCCCCUUCUUCAGAGAUUACAUCAUGUCCGCAGGGUUGGUCACAUCAGAAAAGGAGAGCGCUGCUCACAUUCUGAGCAGGAAGGGUGGUGGAAACUUGCUGGGCAUUAUUGUAGGAGGUGCCCAGGAGGCCCUGGAUGCCAGGCCUGGAUCCUUCACGCUGUUACUGCAGAACCGGAAGGGCUUCGUCAGGCUCGCCCUGACACACGGGGCACCCCUGGUGCCAAUCUUCUCCUUCGGGGAGAAUGACCUAUUUGACCAGGUUCCAAAUUCUUCUGACUCCUGGCUGCGCUGUGUCCAGAAUCGGUUGCAGAAGAUCAUGGGCAUCUCCCUCCCACUCUUUCAUGGCCGUGGUGUCUUCCAGUACAGCUUUGGUUUAAUACCCUACCGCCGGCCCGUCACCACUGUGGUGGGGAAGCCCAUUGAGGUACAGAAGACACUGCAUCCCUCAGAGGAGGAGGUGAACCAGCUGCACCAGUGCUAUAUCAAAGAGCUGUGCAACCUCUUCGAAGCCCACAAGCUUAAGUUCAACAUCCCUGCUGACCAACACUUGGAGUUCCGCUGAGCACCUCCAGACAGAGGGCAGGGCCACCAUCAGGGAGCCCAGCAGGAGGUGCUGUGCUCUGAGAAGACAUCCUGGAGGUAUUUGUUGAACAUAUCUGCAGAGCCUUCCCAGACUCCUACAAAUCCAACCCAUGCCAGGCUGUGAGUCAUAGCAGGCAACUCAGAAGAGGAGAUCAGACUCUGGCACUGCAAUCUGCACUCCUGCUGCAAGCCUCCUGCUCCUUGGCUUCUGUCUGCUCAGCAGUGAAACAGGAGAGAGGGCUGGAAGAGAAUAGUUUCUGAGGUCUCUGUUCUCUGUUGUAAUGUCAUUCAAAUAUUAUAAAAGGAAAUGUAGGGGAAAAAAGAGAACAGUGAGGUUUUUAUUUCUCUGGCCUUGAGUAGCACACAAAAGAAGUCACCAGCUCCAGUCCUUUCUCCUAUAAGCCCCGUCAUCCUGCACCUCAUCCUUCCCUCCCACCCUCAAAGUCUGCCCUCUGCCCUGAAUCAGCCCUCUUUUGCAUCAGGUCCUCCCUCCCCAUGCUGGAGAGGAGGGGUGGCCAGUAAGCCCCUGCAUUCACCUUAGGUAGCUUCAAGUUUCUGAGUUCUCUGGGUGAUGGAGUGGCAGCCAGAGGCACUCAGAAGGUGGGUAGGGUGGACUGUGCUCUGUUACCAACUGACUGUAUGACUGUGGGCAGCCCUCUUUUCCCUCCCUCUGAACCUCAGUUUCCCCAACUGACUCUGAAUCUUAGCUCCGACAUUACACAGGCUGAGGGCUCCAUAGGGUGCUUCUUACUCAUCCUUUAUAACUUCAGCCCCUGACCUUGGCACAAAAAAAGGGGGCUCUGUAAAUGUCAGUUCAACAAAUGAGAGAAUUAUAUUUUAGUACGCUUCUCUUUCUUUCUACCCCCAACCAAGAGGGCUGGUCAAAGCCUCACCCUUGACCCUCAGCCUGGGCCUGGGGCCCCAUCUCACCUUCCCAGAAGCUGGAUGAGACUGGGCCAGAGAAGACCAUGCUGAUCGAUUCUUCCUGAUGUAGCAACCCUAAGCUUACCACCUCUGGCCCCAUUCUGUUGGGAGAGAAGUGUAGUCAAUUUGUUAAGACACAAGACAGGCCAGCACAGAUAAUGGAAACCAGAUGUGAGAUGUGUGCAUGUGUCUGCAGGGUUGUGGGGAUGUUGGGGGGUAAGAUGGGGAUAGACUCCCUGAUCAGAGCUCUAGAUUCCUGGGUUAGGUACAUACAUCAGUAGGGAGAGGACAGAGGGUGGCUGGGUUGGACGAGGGUUUGUGACUCUCCCUCACCCUCUAGUGGGGAAACAGAGCAGAUCACAUCCAUAACCACAACAUGGGGGCACUUAGGUUUCAGUCCUGGCUCUGGCUCUGCCCCUUUUCAGUGAUCCUGGGCAAGCCACUUCUCCAAACCUCGAUUUGUCAUUUGAGACAUAAAUACUAUAGUAUCCAUGUUCAGUUUGUGAGAUAACAAGCUAUUCCAUGUUCUUUGUGGAAUGAUGUGCAGUAUGUGUGUGAAUUAGAAGCCAGGUGGCAAAGGUA